AUGAGUACACACUCGCCGACUCCAUCAAUAAAUAGCCAGUCGGGCCUGCCAGCUCCUUCUCUCAAAGAGUGCAUCCCAAUAGACUCUCUUGAUGCGCGUAUAUUGCAAUAUCGCUACGCCUCGCAAAAAAUACUCAAGCUCAUUGAAAACGUUAAAUCCCUCGUCAAGACUUGCUCCCAAGAAAAAAAGAUUGCUUUCACAAAAUACAUCAUAGUGCUCAAUGGGUGUAUAUUCAACGUCAAUGAUAAUAUAUACAGACGAUCUGAGAUCUUGAUCAACGGCAACAAAUUCAAUCCCGCCCAAUCUAUAGAGUCUUCCCCCAACACCAAUCCAGUCAGUUUCGACUGUAUGGACAAUUCCACCAAUUAUGAUACUACCAGACUGAAGUUGCCGACAGUGCGGCAAUGUCUGGACACUCUAAAGCUGUUAGAGCUAUUGCUAAUUAAUACUUUUGAGAUAUACGACCACAAGUGGAAAACUGCCAUGAACGAACGAUCCUCUCAGGAAGCAAAGAAAGACAGGCCACUGUUCACACUGGAUGAUAUUGCAGACAUGUUGGACUUUCCAGAGCUACAGUCCAUGCAGCUAUUGGUUGACGAUGAGCCAGAGAAUACAUUUGCCGAUGCUAAAGCCGACAUAUGUCUCCGCUCCUUUGACCUUAAAAGCCUGAACGUCAACUUGCCUAAAUUUGAGUUAGCCAUGGAUGCCUUUCGAGAUCGCAUUGAUGCUCUUGGCAGAUGCAAGGUCAAAGAGAAUCUGCUUUCGUCACCGCAUUAUAAAUUCAUUCUUCAUAGAUCGCUGCUGCUCAUAUUGCAUCUUGCUGACUUUUAUGGUGUGGUCCGCAAAUUCGGAAAAGUCCUAUAUCAUAACAAUAGCUUCUACUUUGAAAACUACGCGCGCACAAGCGAGUCUCUUAGAGCGGUGAUGAGGAACUUUGAAGUUUAUUUCAACCAGUCAAAGAAGAACAAUCUACUAUUGGCUGCAAUAACGAAAAUGACGAGAAACGGAGGCUUGAUGGUGGUUCGUCCUGAUAAUAUCUUUGAGCUGUAUAAGGUCAGCGACGAUGCGCACAGCAUGCUAAGUACGAUGAUCCUUGUCCUAAAAAGGUUUCAGGCGGAGUGGCAAACGAUUAUCGAUUCCAAUCGCUCUAAUGAGUUCGACAGGGAACAGAUGAGACAGAAACUUAAACAGCAGACAAUCAGAGAGCAAAAUGAGCAAAAAAGGUUGCAAGUCAACGCCCAACUUGGCAAAAACAUGGAAGCUAUGCACAUAUCGCCAGAGAAGUUCAAGGCAGAUGUGGAAAAACAGUCAAAAUCCCACAAGGAGCUUUUCUUAGAUGCCAGAGAACCGAAAUUUACGCAACAGGCUGAUUCAAGCGACCAGGAACAGCAAAAAGCAGAAGAGACGCGGCAGAAAGUGGGAGAACGUGAAAAACAGCUGCGCGAAGAGUUGAGAUCCACCAGGUCGUCUCCAAACUCCUUGUCUCGACAGUCUUCCAUUUCGCGCUCGCGGACUUCUAGUCUUCAAAGCAACCAAGACGAUUUCACCCUUCGUCGGUCAAAAUCCACUUCAAGUAGGCACAAUUCUCAAAUGGUCACUCCCGAGAUGCACCGCACGAUUCCAGAGCAGAAUGAAACCGGAGCAGAGCCUACCUCUCGGCUAAUUGUAUUCCACAGUCCAACUAUGAACUCGACCACAGCUGGGGGUGGUGCAUCCUCAAAACCCGUUUCCCAUCCACAGACAAAGCUAUUAAAGCCCCCAAGUUCGCCAGUUGACCAUGCCAGAGCAGCGGCAUUGGCCUCUAAAAAAUCGACCCAGCCCCCGCUAACUGCCCAGCAGAGACUCCAGCAGCAUAUCAUGAAAUCAUCGCAGAAUGGACAAGCCAUUGCGAAAAGAAUCGAAUCCAAACCAAGGCCAAGGUCACUCUAUGCUCAAUUAAAUGGGUCGCCUGCAAAACAUCUGGAUGACUCGGGAAGCAGAAGCAACUCGCUGCAAAGCGAUGCUGAGUUCCCUACCAGCCCGCUAAAUUCUCUCAAACAGAGCAACUUUCCUGAUUUACAAAUCCAAACAAGCAGAUCUCGAUCAGGGUCAUUGCAAGGGAACGAACCAUUGGAGUCACCAGCGAAUAUCGCGGCCGCACGUGCAUCUCCGUCGAAUUCAGCGCCACGUAGUAGAUCUGGCAGCUUGUCGCAAAGGCCAGUGAGCACAAUUCCGGAAGCUGACGAAACUACAAAAAGUCACGAGGCAGACACCACUGCUACACGGAACUCGCCUAACAAAACAAGCGAGAAUUCCUCGGUAAAGACUCGUUCGCGGGCCUCGUCUACACGCCAAAAUGGUCCUCCGCAGAAUCUGGGAAAUGUGCUGGUCGUUCCUGAGAGUUCGUCGCCUCAGUUUGAUGCAAAUGGAGAAGCGAUUAAGAAAGUACGCUUUACAGGGGUACCCGAAUAUAGCGAGGAUGAAGACGCUCCGACCCCACAGCAAAUGCAAAAGCAGAUGCGGCAGAAAUGGUCGUCGUACAAGCCGCAAUUCCGAAACAGAACCAAGCAACUCAACUCCCAAGAAGGAUUGGCGUUCCGGAAGUUUCAGGGUUCUAUGAUUGGAGGAGAAUUUGAAGGGUUCAGCAAGGUCAACGCGAAUAGCAUUCCUGUGGAGGGGAACGGAAAGUUCUCUAUGAUGAGUGUGAUCAACUCUCCGGAAUCUCCUGGCCCUUCACGAAAGUUGACUAAGCUCUUCAAAAGACGUUGA